AUGGCUGGCGGCAAGAAGAAAACACGAUCUCUCGAGCAUCACAACGUGCUGCUGCGAGCUUCAAGCACGAUAGCCGACCGAAUCCAACGCACACCUCCUCACUCGCUCUCUUUAUCACAAAGUAACUCGAUGGCCGAGAGAGGAGACAACGGACGUCAUCCGCCCCGCGAUCGCGACGAACACUACGACAGCGGAGCACAACGGAAAGAUCACAUCAAAGCUGGGCAACGGAUGGAUCGCAGGAUCGAGUCCGGGUUUUUAUUUCAGACUGCCUAUGGUCGUGCUUUCUGGAAAAGAUUUUCAGUCGCUGGUUCUCAAGGCUUCGCUGUAUAG